AUGUUCAUGCCACUCUGCUCAGCUAUCAGUCCCCUCCUUUCCUACCCUCUCCUUUGUUACGAGACCUUUAAUCACCACUCGCUUCUGGCAUGUCAGAGCUCGUUCUCAUCCUCAGAAUCUCAUCUACUCGCUUCGCCUCUCCCUGCUGGGCCUCUCCUGCUCUUCCUUGCCAUCCUUCUUCCCCUCACCUCCACCACUCAGGGAAGCAGUGGCUGCAGCAACUCAGGGAUCACCAGUGAGUGGUGUGCAUGCCACUCUGCUCAGCUCUCAGACCCCUCCUUUCCUGCCCUCUCUUCUACCUUGCUCUCCUCCCUUUCAGCAUCACAAGGGCAAGUCCUUCUAUCUAGCACCAGAAGGUGGCAGCGGUGGUUGUGUCUUCCUGUUCUCUUUCCUUCCCUUUCUUUCAUGUCAUGUUCCUGUCCCAUUGGCAGCUCUCAAGUGGUUCUUCUGUGGUGAUGUGCAAGGCAAGAGCGCCAAGAGCAUGCGGGGUGGGGUGGCGCAAGGGGGUGGACUACCAACAGCUCAACAUGUGCCGCUUCUGUGCUUAGCCGCUGCUAUGGGCCAAGCCCUCGUUCGCGGCCGAGAAGCACCCACAGUCAUGGGGAGAAGCGGAACAGCAGGGCACCCACCCACACACACUAUGCAGCAUGCAUGGAAGUAG